AUGGCAUCUCCUCAUAGGGAUAGAGCUGGCACAGCAAGCCCUGCAUCGCGCACACCUCGAGCCGACCAUACUUACAUCAGAAAGACCCACAAUUCUCCAUAUCGACAUAGUCCUCGCCGUUCCGAGACGUUAGUCGACGAGAUUGGUGCGCUUCACAUCCGCGAGGAGCGUGCCUGGAGAGAGAGACAAGACGAAAGAGAUGCGGAACAAGAACGUCUCCAUCAGCAGGCUCUUGCGCAAGCUAAAGCCGAACACGACCGCAUCUUGCGCAAUGCUGUCGAGGCCGCCGAGGCCGAAGCACUGAAGCAGGAACGCGAGCGGACGCAAAAGGAAGAGGAGGAGCGUCGCACACUUGAAGCUGAGCGUUCAGCAAAAGCCGCAAGAGAGGCUGCGGAGAGGCAGCGGAAAAGGGAGGAACUUGAGCGACAAGAGCAGGAGCAGCAGAAACGUGCGGCCGAGGAAAGAGAGAUACAGGAGAAGGAGGCCCGACUUGCACAACAGAAACGACAGCAUGAAGCAGAUGCUUUGCGAAGGAAGCAAGAGCAGGAGGCCUCAGAGCGCAAAGCAAAAGAAGAGGCCGAUGCUGCUGCUGCCGCCGCUGCUGCCGCUGCUGCCACUAAAGCUGCUGCUCCACCAGCCCAAACAGCACGACAAUCUCAACCACCGCCUGCGUCAAUCCCUACUGCACAACCUGGCGCUAUACCUGCAACGACAGUUCAGUCUGUCUCCAAGCCCGCAACUCAGCCAGCCGCGUCCUCUUCAGCAUCUGCAGCACAAUCAUCACUCAAGUCCACACCAAACCAACUGAAAGCACAGCACGACCGAUACCUCGCCAUUCACAAGAGUCUGAAGGAGAUGAGAAAUUCUGCCUCAAAGCAAUUGAAAGCUUCCGGAAUAGACAUCAGCGUUUACCGUCGCCAGAUUAAUACAGUAAUGGGCCAGUUCACUCCUGACAAGGUCAAAAACAGGACCACGGUAAGAAUGAGCGGCGUGGAUGACAGAAGUACAACAUUAAUUGAUUUGUUUGUGCACAGNCUCAAGAGGGUUCUCGAGAUCCUUAACGACGUCCUGAGAUAUUCUGAGCCGGCCAUCGACAUAACUCCUUUUCUCGCCAUACCGCCAGACAACUUGGAAAGACGCAUGCCAUUGGCUUUGGUGUAUCUACUCCAUAUGAUAGCCAAGUUGGUCAUUCGUCAAUUCUGCAACGACAACAUAGCGACAGUAGAUGCUCUCGCGAUCGUGUUAGUCACGGUAUUUUCCAAAUCCGAGUACCUCUUCAACGGUACCACUUCACUCAUCGACAUUCUCUUGGCCAAAUACCACAAGGUCUGCCCCGUCCUGUUUGGCAUAUAUGGUAACGAGAAGACCGAAGGGGGAAGGGCAAUGAUAGGUUGGUUAAGGAACAGCGACGGUUGGGUUGACUCCGAAGUUCACAAGAAUCGCAUGUUGGGCCUCGCUACAGGAUAUGGCUGCAUAUCCCUGCGAGACUUUAGCAAGUCGAAGUCAAACAACCCCUUCCCACCACCAAAUUACUGGAGAGCCUUGAGUUACUUCGCCAACACACCGCCGGCAAACCUACAGCCGACUCACUGGAUCGUGCUCAAGGCACUGGUGGACACGCACAUUGAGAAGUUCCUCAAAUUCUACGGACAGGCAGGCAUAGCGGCGUUGAGGAGGGUGCUGGUGGAGCUCCCCAAGAACGCGCCUCAGAAUUCAGCCAGAGAUGCAGUGGCCAUAUUCCCAGAAAUGCUGCGGACGACUAAAGGCUUGACGUUAUAA